CUUUUCCGAAAUUCCAUUCAUUACUAAAGACACCAUGCCAAACCCACGUACUUAUUUUGAUAUUACCAUUGGACAAGAGGCUGUUGGACGUAUUGUGUUCGAAUUGUUUGCAGAUGUCGUCCCCAAGACUGCUGAGAACUUCCGUGCACUUUGCACAGGCGAGAAGGGUAUGGGAGCGACUACUGGCAAGGCACUGACUUAUAAGGGUGCACCCUUCCACCGUGUUAUUCGCGAUUUUAUGAUCCAAGGUGGCGACUUCUCAGCAAGGAAUGGACAGGGUGGAGAAUCGAUCUAUGGCGCUAAAUUUGAGGAUGAAAACUUUGAACUGAAGCACGACAAGCCCUUCCUGUUGUCAAUGGCUAAUGCAGGGCCUGGAACCAACGGAUCACAAUUUUUUAUUACAACUGUUCCCACCCCUCAUUUGGAUGGAAAGCAUGUGGUCUUUGGAAAGGUCCUCAAAGGUCAAUCUGUUGUCCGUGAGAUCGAAAGAACCCCCAAGAAGGAAAACGAUGCACCAGUAUCGCCUGUGAUCAUUGCAGACUGCGGUGAGCUCGCAGAGGGUCAAGAUGAUGGUGUUGCUUCUCCGGACGCUGGUGAUAACUAUGCAGACUGGCCAGAUGAUUAUGAAGGAUCCAAGGAAGAUAAGGAUUUGAUUACAAUUGCACAAAACCUCAAGAACCUUGGUAAUAACUUCUUCAAAGCAGGAGAUUAUGGAAAGGCCUUGAACAAGUACAAGAAAGCGAUCCGGUAUCUGAACGAGAAGCCUGUCUUUGAUGAUGAUGAUGCGCCUGAGCUGAUCAAGGAGUUUUAUUCAGUCAAAGUCCCCUGUUAUCUUAAUCGAGGAUUCUGUGCAUUGAAGCUAGGGCGUCCUGAGGAAGCGAUCAAGGACAUGACAGUAGUUUUGGAAUUUGAUCCUCAGUAUAUUUCGGAUGCAGAAAAGGCAAAGGCUUAUUUCAGACGCGGAUCUGCAUACUUGAAGAGCAACGAUUUAGAGAGCGCGAAGGCGGAUUUGAAUCAGGCCAAAGCACUUUCACCUAAGGAUGCAGGAGUGUUGAAAGAAUUAGAGGUUGUGCAACAAAAGCUGACCGCCAAACGUGAGAAGGAAAAGAAAGCCUACGCAAAGAUGUUCUCAUAGAAUAGAAUAGAGUAAAAUAGAAAGAAAGGAAUGAAAGAAAAGAC